GGAUACCUGUAACAAGUGAGAGACGUCACUCUACAACAGGAGCGCGUGUACGUGUGUAUUGAAUGUGCCGCAGUAGUGAGCGCACCACCUACACAUAUACCCACGCACGCAUAUAACACAGCCGACUGUAAACUUGGGAGCACCGUUCGUCGACAGUUUCGCACUGAAAUAUUUUUAGAAAAAAUGAUAAUCGUCGCGGAUGGCUGUGUCUUGCCUUUUGGAGAUAUGCUUCUUGGAUUUUUAUGAGAGUCGGUUGUCUUCAAGUUCGCCGUUCCUUCUUUCUGCUGUCCUCGGGAAGAGAUCAGACAAAGGAGAGCUCAGUAUGAGUCGCGCGGGGCUUUUGUUUGGUUACUUUUUGGUGAAAGUUCUGGCGCUGCUGUGUUACGCGGAUGGGGAACCAGGGCAGCAGCUGGAGGGCUUCGUGAUGGUUUCGGCGUCCAACGACUCCAGGGAAGCGGAGGGAGGGUUACCGGAGCCACCGCAUACAGAAGACAGGUGCAGGGGUUAUUAUGAUGUGAUGGGCCAGUGGGACCCGCCGUUCGUCUGCAGGACAGCCAGUUACCUGUACUGCUGCGGCACCUGUGGCUUCAGGUUCUGCUGCGCUUAUAAGAGCUCGCGCCUGGACCAGAGCAAGUGCCAAAACUACGACACCCCCAUGUGGAUGAUGACAGGCAGGACCCCAUCCAAGAAAAACGACCGGAAUCAUGACCCCACCAGGGAUAAAACUAACUUAAUCGUCUAUAUCGUUUGUGGAGUAGUAGCUAUCAUGGCGCUUGUUGGGAUAUUCACAAAACUGGGACUGGAAAAAGCGCACAGACCGCACAGGGAAAACAUGACCAGAGCGCUGGCCAGUGUGAUGCAGCAGCAGGCUCCGGGCUCGAGGGACCAGAUGGAGCAGGAGGUCACCAUGGGGUCACAGGGCCAGCACUAUGAGAACAUGCAGGCCCAGGCCCGGGCCACGGCCAACAGCCUCCCGGGGCCCCAAAUGAACAACACAGGCACAUCCAUGGGUCCCACCCCUUCCCUGGUGCCCACCAUGGGCCAAACUAUGGGCCAAAACAUGAACCAAAAUAUCAGUCAAACCAUGAAUCCGACCAUGGGCCAAACCAUGGCUCACUCCAUGGGCCAAAGUAUGCCCAACACCAUGGGCCACACUAUGGCCCAGAAUAUGCCCCACGCCAUGGGCCCAAAUAUGGGCCAAAAUAUGCACCACAGCAUGGGUCCAAGUAUGUCCCAUUCCAUGGGCCACACCAUGGGCCAUAAUAUGGGCCAGAAUAUGCCUCACUCAAUGGGCCAUGCCAUGGGCCAAAAUAUGGGCCAAAACAUGCCUCACUCAAUGGGCCACGCAAUGGGCCAAAAUAUGGGUCAAAAUGUAUCUCACUCCAUGGGUCACACCAUGGGACAUAAUAUGGGUCAAAAUGUAUCUCACUCUAUGGGUCCAAAUCUAUCCCACUCCAUGGGUCACACCAUGGGACAUAAUAUGGGUCAAAAUGUAUCUCACUCUAUGGGUCCAAAUGUAUCUCACUCCAUGGGUCACACCAUGGGACAUAAUAUGGGUCAAAAUGUAUCCCACUCUUUGGGUCAUUCCAUGGGACACAAUAUGUCACAUACCAUGGGCCAAAAUAUAUCUCACUCCAUGGGCCAUGGUAUGGGCCACAAUAUGUCACACUCCAUGGGCCAAACUACAUCACACUCUAUGGGCCAAAAUCCAUCACACUCUAUGAGCCAAAAUCCAUCACACUCAAUGGGCCAAAAUCCAUCACACUCAAUGGGCCAAAAUCCAUCACACUCUAUGGGCCAAAAUCCAUCACACUCUAUGGGCCAAACUACAUCACACUCUAUGGGCCAAAAUACAUCACACUCUAUGGGCCAAACUACAUCACAUUCUAUGGGCCAAAAUCCAUCACACUCAAUGGGCCAAACUACAUCACACUCUAUGGGCCAAAAUACAUCACACUCCAUGUCCCACACUUUAGGUCACCCAACAGGCCAAAAAAUGACCCAUUCGCUGGUGCACACCCUCCCCCAGCCAUCGGCCCGAACUCUGCCCCAACCAAUGGCACACACCCUACCCCAACCAAUUGCCACGCCGAUUGCCACACCCAUAACCCAUGCCUACCACACCCUGGACCAGCUUAGCCACAACUACGACCACCACCAGUCUGCUAAGGAUCUGAGCAGCAAGUAUGCCUCUCUCAAGGCUGUGGCGGAAAAGGCCAGUGAAAGCUACUUCUCCGGCCGUCGGCAGAUGGUGGACUUCGCGGUGAAGGGCAGUCUGCCGCUGCACCCGGUGCGUUUCGAGCACGGCAGCGGCGGAGGUGCUGCCCCCUAUGGUUCGGAGAUGAGCAGCAGCAAGCAGAACAGCCACAGGACCAAAUCCAGCAGCCGUUCGCACGGGCCCCACCCGCUGGCCUACGCCUCCCACACCAUCGCCAGCCCCAGCGUGCUCAAGGGCUGGGGUGCCUCCGAGACCCUGGGCCGCCGGCACAACUACGGGGCCAAGAGACACUACGGCCUGGAGCACAACCAACCCCUCCGCCAGGCCCAGAGCCAGCACUACCUCCCUCCGCAACCGUACUUCAUCACCAACAGCAAGACUGAGGUGACCGUGUGA